AUGCAAAAGGAGAGAAAGAACUCAGCGGAAGCAAGCAAUCCUGCAGGAAAGGAGCAAGCGGCAGCAGACGCGCAAAGUUCAGGAAAGGAGAACAAGGAGAUCAGCAAAACGGAAUCGGAAUGGAACAAGAAAGAAGAGAAGGAGAAAUCAGCAGAACAACUAGCAGCCGAGGCUUUGCAGAAGCAACAGGAGCAGCCCGAUCCGGCCAGGGCAAGCACCGGCAAACCGGAAAGCAAGGACGACCGAAGGAAAAGAUUACACGCAAGAAACAUGCGAUACUAUCGCAGUUUGAGCAGCCCCAACUGCCCGAAAGAGAUUGCCAAGCUUGCAGACAAGGCGAAGAAUAAUUCUGCGCAACGCAGCUAUCUCUUUGAGCACUGGUUGUUGUGCGCUGGCUGCUGGGCCAAGUCUGCACUGGUGGCCCGACUGAGAUCAAAGAAAGCCAGCCGGAAAAAGGGGCUCAGGAGGUGGUACACGAAGCAGGAGCUCAUCAACCGCCAUGGUGAAAGCGUGGCUUUGGCCAUCAUCGAGGCAAAAGAGAAUGAUGAUGAGAAGCGCGAAAGCGAGAUUCGCAAGCACCCGGAAUGCCCCCAGCGCAAGGAUAUGAUCCAGUACAAGUGUCUCUGUGAUGAGACAGAGGAGGACGUAGACGAGGAGGAGCUUGAGAACGUCUUUGAAGCCGAGGCGGGCAGCAGCAGCACCAGUUCGAAGAGCGAUGAGGACGACAACGAGGAUGCAGGAGAAGAGGGCGGCGAUGGCAAGAAGGCAAAAAAGGAUAAGGACCUGACGCCCGAAGAGCAACAGCAGCAGCUCGAGCAGGAAAAAGCAGCGCAGGAGGCUAAGGAAACCAGGAGCAAAGCGAAGAAGGCGAUUGACAAAGCUACGGAAAAGAUCAAGAUUGCCUCCAGUGUGGACAAGGAAGCGAUCCCGGAUGUGGGAAACCAUCUGUUGGAAGCCAUGAAGAAGGAUAUUGCCCACCAGGCAAAGGAGAUCCAGACAGCCCGUGCCCAGCUGCAGCGAGCGUAUGAUGGAGAUGAAGAGGCAGCCAGCGCCGAAGGCGUAUAUGCUGUGCAAGAUCUCAUCCUCCGUGGUGAACAUACCUUGGCUGUGCAGCUGUCUGGUGAUCAGAGUGGUGCGGAUGCCUGCUCGGGUGUGUCUGUGUGUGCGAAAAUUCUACCACUCGAUCUGAUGGUUCUGAUGAAAAUGGUGAUUCCGAAGCUGGACUACUACAGAAUAUGUUGGAUCGAAUAUCCUCUGGAGAAGCUUAUCUGCAGCCAGGCCAAAACGGUUGGAGCAGCCAUGCAUGAUGCGCAUAGCAGCUAUGAGGAGGCUGGCGGGAAAGUCAAGAGCAAGACUAUUCGCAAACUGAUGCGCUACAAGCCUGGCAACUAUGCCCGAGACUUCUUUAAAAAUGUGAAGGUGCCUCUCGUGUCUGGGAUGAUCAAUGGCGAGCUUACAGAAGUAGAAACCACGGUUCCGGUAUUGGAUGUUCAUGAACUCCUCGACUACCUCCGAACGGAGUUGAAGCUGGUUCCACCCACCGAAGUUGUUCAUAAGUAUUGGCAGCACCUCCGUGAUUGCGACAUGCCUCAUGCAAAAUAUUUUCCUGGAACGGAUAACCACAUCCCGUUUACACUUUAUGGAGACGAGUGUGUGCUCGGAGACCCGAAAGACAAAGUGACUGGCAUAUUUCUGAGUCUGACUCUUUUCAAACCCAAGGCGAUCAGGGAAGGGCAAUUCCUGUUAUUUUGCAUGCAGGAUGAACACAUGAUCCACGACGAGCUGAAAACCCUUCAGCCAGUGCUGCAGCAUUUGGUGUGGGGAUGCAACGUGGCCUUUACUGGGGUUUACCCUGAAGUUGAUGCUUUCGGGCGGCCACUGCCGAUGAAGAAGCGCCGCUGGGCGGGAUCCAUAAUGGCAGAUGGCUGUCAAUACGCCUGCGCAGAGCUGCGUGGGGAUUGGAAGUACCACGAGAGGAUUCUGCGCUUGAAAGCUACUCCUGUAUCCCGGGAAUGUUGUUUUUUGUGUGACGCCGAAGCUAAUGAUGGAAACCUGCGCUACUACAGUAUUGGUGACGACGCCCCAUGGGUUGCUACAGAGACCAACACUGCUGGCUUCAUCAAUCGGCAAAUCCUACUUGAGAAAGGUGUUUUCGGGGAUCUGGCUACCGGGCUGAAUGCUUGUUUGGGCAAGGCGUUCGAGCAGUUCAAAGCGUGGCGCCGAGAGAACAAAAUUCCAUGCAGCCAACGUGUUUUUCGGGAGAGACACUUGCUGAAGGCGAGCCAUGGAUAUUACUUUACAGCCAAAGCGCAUAAUGGCCGUGUGGUGAUGGAGUGGUUGGGCUUUCUUUGCCGCAGGCUUGCAGCUGACAGCCCUGAUGAUGAUUGGAAGUUGCAACUCCACGCGAGAGCCCUGCUACUCGAUUGA